AUGGCGGCGGGACGCGGCCGUCGCACUGUGUCGUCGCGGGGUCGACCUGAAGCAGGGGGCGAGGAUGUGCCGGCAGCAGGGAGGGCCUGCCGUGCUUCCGACGAGAGCGUGGCGUCCGCCGACGACUCCAUCGAGGAGACGCACAGCGUCAUGUCCUUCAUCAUGUCGCGGCUGCCCGACGACUCCUCCAUCGUGGCCGAGGUGGUGGGCGCCGCGUCGUCCGGCUUGGUCGCCGGCGGUGCCACGGCCAGCACCACGACGCUGGCCUUCGGGGCACCCGGCGGCGACGGGGCCCCGGCGCUGCCGCCUCCGUUUCCCGUGGAGGUGCGCAAGCGCCGGGUGCACUGGUCCGCCCUGGGUAGGCACUGGUCCGCCCAGCUGCCCCGGCUGCUCAGGCUGAUGCUGCUUCUCGUCGCUCACGCCACUCUCCUCGUCGCCUUCGUCGAAGCGGGAUGGGACAGAAACAACCCCUGGUGCCAGGGUCCGGGCCUCUUGCUCCUGCUUGUGGCAUCCUUGGACGUCUGCUUGGCAUUUGGGUACUGCUUUCGCUGGAGGUUCAUUAAGAAAGCAUCCAGCCUCAUCGACCGCGCGAACAAGCAGCUGUCCCGGCUCACUGACACGAAGUGCUUCUCCAGGUGCGCCUGUGCCGUGGUCCUUACCGGCAUGCUACUGUUUGUCGCCAUCGACUCGCGGCUGCACCGACCUCGCGUCACGGCUGCCACUGGAGUCGUGCUGCUUGUCGGCUUCGGUUAUAUCUUUUCCAAGAACCGCAGCAAGAUAAGAGAAAUUGUUGCCAAGCUUGGUCUUGAUAGUGUUUCUGUAACACUACUUCCUUGUGUUGAGCAGGUAAAGUGGCGUCCCGUGCUGAGCGGACUGCUGCUUCAGUUUGUGCUGGGCCUGCUCCUCGUUCGUUGGCAUGUCGGGAGGAGCGUCCUCGUCUGCGUCGCCGAGAAGAUAGCCGCCAUCAUCUCGUUUGCCGGCCGCGGGGGAAGCUUCGUGUUUGGAUACUUGAGCACAGGAGAGCUCGAAGGAGGCCUGCCCCGCCAAGAACCCGUGCUCGCAGUCACGGUGGGUAUGCUUCGCGCCUCCCCGUUCUCACGACCUAACUAUAGCGUCAGUUGCUGGCAGCCUGUGUGGUACUCUUCACGUAGUGCAUAUUUAGCGGCGUGCUGUUCUUUUUCUGCAACUCUGCCUCAGCCACUUCAAGUCAUUCGUUCUCAAUCAACUCGGCUUCUGACCACUCCGCAGGUGGCGUCGACCAUGGUGUUCUUCGGGCUACUGGUUUCCGUGCUGUGCCACUACGGUCUUCUGCAGUUUCUGGCGUUCAGGUUCGCCAGGCUGAUAGCCGCUGCCAUUGGCACCACGGCCCUCGAGUCCUACUGCUCCGCCUGUAACAUCUAUCUCGGCAUGAUCGACUCGGCGGUUCUGUUAAGGCCGUACCUGGCGCAGCUCACGAGGUCAGAGCUGCACACCAUCAUGACGUGCGGCUUCGCUACUAUAUCGGGGAGCCUGUUCGCGGUCUUCACAAUAUUCGGCGUCAAGGCAGAGCACAUGGUGGCGGCCUCGGUGAUGUCUGCGCCGGCGGCUCUCGGAUUCUCCAAACUCUUCUACCCCGAGACAGAGGAUAGCAGCAGCAGCCUCGAAAGCAUUAGAGACGUUCGAAGGAGGUGCCGGCCCGACUACACCGCGUUCGAGUCCGUGGCGCGCGGCAUGUCCUCCCUGCUUGCGGUGGCGGCCAACGUGGCGGCGUCGCUUCUGGGAUUCGUGGCGUGCGUUGCGUUGGCCGACGCCAUGCUCGCAUACGUCUGUGCUGCGCUCGGCUGGAAACUCGUCACCGUCAACGCCUAUAGCACUUUAAAUACUAGCGCGUUAAAAACGCAGUGGCUCUUGGGCCGACUGUUCGUGCCCCUGACACUGGUCAUGGGCCUGAGCGUGGACGAGUCGUCGCGCGUUGCUUCCCUGGUGGGCCUCAAGACGCUGCUGAACGAGGUGUUCGCCCAGAGCGAGAUGGGCAAGAUGGCGCGCAAUGGCCUGCUCUCUCCGCGGGCGCAACUCAUCUGCACGCACGCCCUCUGUGGCUUCUCCAGCCUCGCUGCUCUGGGCAUCCAGCUGGGCGUGUUCGCUGCACUGGCACCCGAACGGCUGCCGGACUGCGCCCGUGUCGCUGGACGCGCACUGGUCGCCGGUUCGAUUGCCUGCUUCUUGACCGCCUGCACCGCCGGUGCCCUGAUGGACACAACCAUCUACGAGGUCCCAACGCUAUUUAACAGCUACGACUUCGUCUAGUAUUACAACUUUUUUAAAUGUGAAAACGCAUUUGUGAAAUAAGAUAGAACGCCUCCGAAAAUCUCGUACCUUAGUGGUCAACUUUCUCUAACAUAGAAAAGCUGCAAUUGGCCAGUCAGUUUUAUCAUGCCAGUGCUCAGCUAAAGAAGCCGGGAAGGGGAGGAAGAGGGGGUGGAAGAAUCGUGAAGGUUUGCAUACAAGCGCAGCAAGAUACUGAGGACACCGUAAUUUGAAAAUUGUAGGACAUUAUAGAUGUCAAACCAUUAGGUAAUAAUAGUGCAACAUGAACGCGC